AUGCUGCGGGACAGACUGGUCUGCGGAACGAACAACAAGGCAAUUCAGAGGAGGCUAUUGGUAAAGGCCGACCUUACGUUCGCAGACGCCAUGGAUAUGGCCCUGGCAGCUGAGGUUGCAGAGAGAGAUUCCCUACGCCUCACUGGCGCGUUCGCAGAUAAGAAUCGCGCCACUCCCGUGCAAACACCGCCCGCUCCCCAGACGCCUGUCUACAGAAUGGACCAGCGUAAACAACGGUACAGUGCCCCAAAACCAAGCCCUUGUCCACCUGGCAACACAAGUUGCUACAGGUGUGGUGGGAACCACAACCCCAACACCUGCCCUUGUAAGGAGUUCGUGUGCCACUUUUGCAAAAAGAAGGGUCACCUAGCCAAGGUCUGUCGAAAAAGGGAGAAGAGCACUCCGGAGCAGGCUCACUCGGUGAACGAUCAACAGAUAGUUCCACAGGACUUCCCAGAGGAGUACCUAAUGCAUCAUGUUAGCGCAGGUCCGACUAGACCCUACCAUGUAUACGUCACGUUGAACGGUAGUCCUGUGAGGAUGGAGAUUGACACAGGAGCGUCCGUCUCAGUGGUUGGGGAGGGGAUCUUCAAGGCAAUCCAGAGGGGAGAGCAGCCCCUGGAGCUUCAGAAGACCUCAAUCAGGUUACGAACAUACACUGGAGGCGAGAUUCCUGUGCGAGGUUCUGUUCGUGUGCCGGUGGAGCACAAUGGCCAGAAUCAGUCAUUGCCACUGAUCGUAACCGAGGGAGAGGGACCUUCUUUCAUCGGCCGUGACUGGUUGUCUACCUUGCGCCUCGACUGGCAGGUGAUACUCACAGUCGAACAGAACUUGUCCCUGAAACAAGUACUCGACAAACACAGCAGUGUCUUCAAAGAGGGACUCGGCAAGCUCCGAGAUGUCGAAGCCAAGAUCUACAUCGCACAGAACGAACGUCCACGAUUCCGUAAGCCGUAUCAAGUCUCCUUUGCACUGCGUCAGAAGGUCGAGGAGGAGCUGGAGCGUCUUCAAGCGCUGGAUGUGAUCCAGCCAGUGCAGUUCUCGGACUGGGCGGCGCCUAUCGUCCCAAUCAUGAAGAGUGAUGGCCGUGUGAGAAUUUGUGGGGACUACGAAGUCACUGUUAACCAGGCAGCGAAGUUAGAGAAGUACCCUCUACCCCACAUUGAGGAGCUGUUUGCAUCUCUAGCUGGUGGAAAGCUCUUCACCACGCUAGACCUCUCACACGCCUACCUCCAAGUUCCACUCGACAAACACUCUCGUCAUUUCGUCACUGUCAACACUCACAAGGGUCUCUUUGAGUAUAAGAGACUCCCGUUUGGUGUUGCCAUCGAUAUUUCAGCGCGUCAUGGAGAACCUACUUCAAGGAAUUCAAGGAGUCUGUGUAUACAUAGACGAUAUCCUCAUAACUGGUUCAUCCGAGUCGGAACACCUCCGUAACCUUGCCGAAGUCUUGUCGAGGUUAGAGUCCGCAGGAAUGCGGCUCAAGAAGGAAAAAUGUGCUUUCCUUCUCCCGUCUGUGUCGUACCUGGGACAUGUAAUCAGCGCAGAAGGCCUCAAGACUGCACAGUCCAAAGUCCAGGCAAUCGUUGAUGCACCCGAGCCACAGAACGUCGGCGAACUGCGGUCCUUUCUCGGCAUGGUUACUUACUACGGAAAGUUUUUGCCGGAUCUAGCCACGACACUGGCACCACUCUACCAGUUAUUGAGGAAGUCAGCACACUGGGGAUGGAGAGGAGCACAGAGGAAAGCCUUCCAGCAAAUCAAAACCUUGCUACAGUCAGGCAGAGACCUCACCCACUUCGAUGAUAGGUUACUCCUCAUCCUCGCCUGCGAUGCUUCGCCCUACGGUUUGGGAGCCGUGUUGUCCCACCGAAUGCCGAAUGGGGAAGAGAAGCCUGUCGGGUUCGCCUCCCGCACUCUGUCCAAAGCCGAGAAGAAUUAUUCCCAUCUGGAUAAAGAAGCAUUGGCCAUCAUCUAUGGGGUGAAGAAGUUUUACCAGUACCUGCACGGUCGCAGAUUCGAGAUAAAGACAGACCACAAGCCGUUAACCCACAUCUUUAACGAAUCUCGUGCAACCCCAACAAUGGCGUCUGGACGCAUCCAGGUGGGCCCUCACUCUUGGUGCCUACGACUACACGAUCCAGUAUAAGGAGGGGAAGAACAUGGCGAACGCAGAUGCCCUCAGUCGUUUGCCCCUCAACGCAUCACCAGUGGAAGUCCCGAGACUUCCUGAGCUAGUACAUCUGGUGGAACAUCUGGAGUCCACGCCACUCUCCUGUGAAAAGAUCAAACUCUGGACCGACCACGAUACAGCCCUAUCGAGGAUCAGAACGUGGGUGCUGGAGGGAUGGCCUGACAAGGGGUCUACUGAUGACGACCCGGGCCUCCAGCCGUACUUCAGGAGAAAGAAUGAACUAAGCUCGGAGGGGGGAUGUGUGUUGUGGGGGAACAGGGUGGUCGUACCGGUGAAGGGAAGGAAACACGCGCUCAACAUGCUACACGAAACACACCCAGGAAUUGUCCGUAUGAAGGCACUCGCCCGUGCAUACUUGUGGUGGCCUGGCAUGGACAGGGACAUUGAACAGUGUGUGAAGCUCUGCAACGAAUGCCAGUCCUUACGCAAAAUGCCACCGGCAGCUCCACCACAACCAUGGGUGAGACCAAGUCGUCCGUGGUCACGAGUGCAUAUUGACUAUGCAGGUCCCUUUCGGGGGAAAAUGUUUCUACUCGCCAUCGACGCACACUCGAAGUGGCUAGAGAUUCAUGCCACCAACACGUCCACGUCUACCGCAACGAUAGAACUGUUACGCAAAACCUUUGCAAGUUUAGGAUUGCCCGAAGUAAUCGUCUCCGACAAUGCGACAACGUUCACGAGCGAAGAGUUCACAGAGUUCCUGAAACAGAAUGGAAUCCGUCAUGUGAGAUCUGCGCCGUAUCAUCCUGCCUCCAACGGUCUCGUUGAGAGGGCUGUUCAAACAUUCAAGGACAGCAUGAAACGUCUCACGUCAGGAUCUCUGGAAACUCGGCUCUCACGGUUCUUAUUCCGAUAUCGCAUUACGCCACACACAUCAACCGGGACAUCUCCCUCAGAAUUGAUGUGGGGAAAAAGACUUCGUUCACCACUCGAUUUGCUCAUGCCGUCAAAGUCUCCCAGUAGCGACGAGCUUCCGCGCCCACUGGAGAAGUCCCCAGCAUUGACACGCCAGUUCUACGUUAACGAUCGAGUUUACGCCAGGAGCUACAGUUCUGGGCCGCGAUGGCUACCUGGGGUUGUGGUCAAGAUCAAGGGACCGCCAUGUACGAAGUUCGCUUGAUUGACGACCGAGUAGUGGUUCGUCAUCUGGAUCAACUACGUUCAAGAGCAACAAUGGAAACCGAUGUGGUCCCAUCAGACGUGAGGGAUGAGCCGAUUGUUGACGACGGAAGUGUCGAGCGUAGAGACCUGCCUCAGGAACCGGAAACCGCCGUUGGCGAUGGUGAAAGAGAGUCGCCAUCCACCCCACCAUUGGCAGUGCCCGACAAUGCACAAAGGACACCCUCAGUGGAUCCGUCAGUAGAGCGACAGGAGACUCCACGAGACGAAGCUUCAAGUGAACUCAGGAGAUCCACUAGGGUCCGACAACUACCUCACAGGUUUGAAGAACAGUCUUUUGACAGUUGUUGAAUUUAUUUUUGGUAUUUUGAGUUGGUUGUAGUCACCUUUUUCUUUGGUUUGUUUGUAACUAAGGGGGGAGGAUUGUUGUGUAUUGUGCAUUUUAGUUAUGAUAGUUUGUGUACCUAGGAUUGCGUAAUUCAGGUAUGAGUUAUCCUACGUCAUUCAUUGUCAUGUGUGAGUAUAUAAGGCAUGCUGAUUGUACACUAGCUAGAGGAUUGACCGAUCUUGUACCGAGCUCAAUAAAGAGAUUAUUAUUUUGCUAAUACUCUCGGCCUCU